AUGGAUCUUGCCAAGUGGGUGCUCAAGUUCCCAGCCGCGCUUUAUGGGGUCCAGUUUCUAAACGACAUUGCCAUUCAUGUAUUGAAGACUGGACCGAUACCAAAUCAUAUCGCAAUUGUAAUGGACGGCAACCGUCGUUAUGCUCAAUCGAGGAAUAUUGAAACUGUCAAGGGACAUACAGCCGGCUUCGAAACCUUCCUGAGAACCGCGCAAGUUUGUUCUACCUUGGGGGUGAAGACUGUUACGGUUUAUGCGUUCAGUAUCGAGAACUUCAAUCGUGGCCAAGAGGAGACUGAUAAACUAUUCAAUAUGGUUAGAACAAGUCUGGCCGAAGUUAGCGAUGGUGACGACUCUUUAGCCAAACGCUUGGGGUGGAAAAUCAAAAUCCUGGGCAACCGGGAUAUGAUUCCUGAUGACCUCAAAAAAGAUAUCGAAAAAAUUGAAAGGCUUACCGCGGAAAAUACUGGUACAGUGAUCAAUAUUUGCUGUCCCUACACUUCCCGCGAUGACAUGGCCCAGGCUGUUCGAAAAGCUGCUGAAAACGGGCAAGCAGACCCCGAGGGUAUAUCUGAGAGCGCGUUCAAGAGUUGUCUCUAUACUGCCGAUGCCGAGCCGCUGGAUAUCCUUAUUCGAACAAGUGGUACAACUCGCUUAAGCGACUUCAUGCUCUGGGAGUGUGUGGAUGGUAGCCAAGUUGAGUUUGCCUCACCCAUGUGGCCUGAGUACACAGUUCUCGAUCUUUACCUGGUUAUUCUACGUUGGGGUCUCAAGCAGCUUUCGUCGAAGGAUAAAGUGGGCAGAAUUUCCCUAGAUAAGCUGCCAUCACCACCUGCAGCAGUGAGUGUAAAUGUCACCGAUUUUAAAUUUAAAUAAAGUGCACAAUACUAAUGCGAUGCGAUCAGUACCGCCUUCGCACGUCUGCCUGCGUUGUUUUUGAUUCGGUCUUCAAGACCUCCUCCUCCUCUAUGCUCUCUACUGGGUCGAUUGGGAGUGUCUGGAUGAUCUUACGCUUUUCUUUAAGUACCUUUGCAGUAUUUCGAGCAUCAUUAACGCGCCUUCGAUAUCCAAGAUAUACAACAACUUCAGCUACUAGAAUCAGAAUUGAGCCGAAAAGGCACGCCAAAGUUCUAGAUUGCACUGACCAGUAUGGUGUCCACUUCCAUAUGGCCCAGGCUACUGCAACGACUGAGAUCGUGAUAUUGAAAAUGGUAGUCACUUCCUCUUUUAAAGCCUUAGCCUCAAUCGUUCCAGGUUUGAUUACUGUUUGCUCCUCAUUGCGGCCAAUUAACUCCUGGUACUCUUUUUCCUGUUGCCUUAAUCUCAAUUCGGACAUGAGAUCAAGAUACUCCUGGCUUUUUUCAACUACUGGCUUGGGCUCAAAGUAUACCGAAGUUCCACGGACCAACUGCAUGAGCGGGAUAGCUGCUGAUCUAGACAGCUCAAUCAAGUAUUUGUGAUCGAUCCAAGCGUCUCCUAAAAGCUGCGCAUUUUCAAAGGGGGUGGUACCGGCUUCUCUUUGCAGAGCGAGGUUAAUGGUCUGAGUUCGUUUUAAUUUCAUGCUGACUACGCUACAUCUCAGACCAGACACUUGAGCCUGGGCCGAAAACUUAGCAUAGAGUUAAAGGGGCAGCGCACGUUUAGGCGCGUUCUAAAAAUGUUUGAGA